AUGCCGGGAAAGACCUACCUCAUUACCGGGGCCAAUCGCGGGCUGGGGCUCGAGUUCGUGCGGCAAAUUACGUCGGCAUCAGACAAGAACACCGUCAUCGCAGGUGUGCGAUCGCUGCGAGGCGAGCUGGACGAGCUCAAGACCCUAGCAUCGUCAACAUCCGGCAGAGUGCACGUCGUCGAAUGCGACACGGCGUCCGUCUCCUCGAUCAAAAGGGCGGGUGAGGAGAUCUCGCGCUUGCUGGCCGGCGGGCAACUCCACUACCUACUCAACAACGCCGGGAUCAACGCGGUGUCGAGCCAGACGGCACUGACAAUGGACCCAGACGACCUGCGCACGCACAUCGACAUCAAUGUCAUCGGACCCAGCGAGCUCUUCAAGGCGCUGGAGAAAAGCCUCCGGCAGGGGAGCGUCGUGCUCAACAUGUCCAGCGGGCUGGGCUCGUGCGGCAAGGGCAUCAUUAAGUGCGCGACGUACGCGGUCAGCAAGGCUGCGCUGAACAUGCUCACGGUCCACCAGGCGGAGGCCCUGAAGGAGAAGGGCGCCAUCGCCAUCGUCAUGGAUCCGGGCUGGGUGAAGACUCGCAUGGGGGGCGCGGGUGCUGUCCUGACGCCCGAGGAGAGUAUUCGCGGGAUGCUGAGGACUCUCCACGGUGUCACGGUUGAGCAGAGCGGCCGCUUCUAUCAGUGGGAUGGAGAGACGGUGCUGUGGUGA